AUGGAUCCGAACUUUAGGCAUUUCGUCAUCGACAGGGAAGCCUUGCUGGAUGCCCUGCAAGUGGCGACAGUUCAAGCGCAGGCGGAAAUGCGCGGCGAACAGGAGCUGAGGAAGAAGCUGGACGAGACGUUGUUCAUGAAGGAAGAGCUGGAGGCGACGUUGGAGCAGACGAAGCAGCAGUUGAACGCGUACGAGGCCGGAGGAGUGCCUCCGACUGGUGGCGCCGGCAGAGUCGUGGUGCCCCCGAUCCCGCCGCCACUGCAUGGCGGCAAACCCCCUGGAAAAGGCCCUGCAAUCAGUGGUGGGCCAGCUGGUCCUCCGCCCCCGCCGCCUCCUCCUCCACCCCCGCCUCCUCCGCCGCCACCACCACCGCCGCCUGGAAUGGGUGGUGGCGGUCCACCGCCUCCCCCGCCGCCUCCACCGAUGCCUGGUGGGCCAGGAAUGCCGCCACCUCCACCGCCGCCCCCAGGGAUGAUGGGUGGAGUGCCGAUGUUUGGCGGGCCUGGGAUGCAGGCCACUCCCCCGAGAGCCAAAGAAGAGCUGCCGUUUGGGAUGAAACCAAAGAAGAAGUGGAAUUUGGAAGGUGCUACUUUGAAGCGGGCCAACUGGAAAAAGAUAACGCCCCAAAAGUUGUCCGAAAAGAGUUUCUGGGUGAGUGUGAAUGAAGAGAAGCUGGCGAAAGAAGAGGUUCUGGAAGGAUUGAAGGAGAAAUUCAAUACGAAGCCGACGAGAGGUGGAGGUCUAGGAGACGGAUCCGAAGGAGGUUUCGGUGGCAAGGCGGCGAAGGUAUCUCCGGAACAGCUGCAAAAGAGUCUGCGAAGCAUGGACAACAACAUCAGGGGUCUGGAGACGGACUUGAAAAACUGCAGCCCCAAGGACUUGAACAACAGCGGGUCGGUUUCCGAGGACAGGUUCGUCGAAGUCUUGGGUGGGUUCGCAGUGGAGGCCAGACGCCAAUACGAGAUCAUCGAGAAGAUGUACAUAAAGAUGGAUAAACUCUACUCUGAAAUGGCAGAGUACUUCGUCUUUGACAAGACCAAGUAUACGUUGGACGAGUUCUUCACGGACAUUAACCAGUUCCGUGAGGAAUACAUUAAAGCGCAAAAGGACAUAUUCAAGCAGAGGGAGACGGCGGAGAAGUUGCGGUUGGCGCAGGAACGGAAGGCGAAGCUGGAGGCGGAAAAGGUGGCUGCAGCGGAGAAGCGAAAGGCCCUGGUGAACCUGAACACGGAUGACGACCAGGAAGGA